CAAACAGAGCUAAGACAAGACAGGAGCGGAGAGUGGAGGAAAAAGAGUCUGGUAGUCUCAAACAAACUGCUCUCUAUCUCUCACACUUCCACUAGCUCAGCUCCCAGGGCUCUCCAGGACUCAGGGGGGGUGCUCUACCCUCACAGCAUCCUCUCCUCGCUCCUUGUUGGGGCUCACCUCACUGCCUGAGACCGGGGAACAUCCAGGGGACAUCUAGGUGACACUCACUCAGCCUCACCCAGGACCUGGGACUUCAGCUCCAGCUCGGCUCUCUAAAACCGGCUCCUCCUCAAAGGCCAUCUGAGCCUGCAACGUGACCCACCCUUCCCUCGUCUGUCUGACUGAGAGAGGGAACUGUCAUUCUAUCUCAGGAACAUCAGGGUUUCCAUUCUCAGGCCUCAACUCCCAUGCACUGUAUCUGCAGAGAGGCUAGAAGACAGGAGAAUACCCUAAAGACACAGACUGGAUGAUUUCAAUUGGUCCUACUGAUAUCGUCAUAAGAGAUAAGACACAGCUGUGAGAGUGUGUGUCUGUGUGUAUUUCUUAUAACGAGUGUGACACAGACCACUCUGUGUCAGCAGUGUGUUAGAGGAAGAACACACACUCUGGGGAAGACUUUUCUUGUGGCAUUUGAUGUGCAGGUGUGUGUGUGAGACAUGUCAGGUGUGUGACUCAUUGUAGUUGUUAGUCAUUGAAUGUGCAUUUGAGACGUGUGUGAGGCCGUAAGUGUGCGAGAGGCUUCGGUUUCCUCUGGAUUUCUCUGGGAUGGAGGGUCAAGGCUACGACCGGUUUGGUGAAGGUGAGCGUGACACCUACCAGAUUGACUACCGUCGUAUCGUUGGUGAUACCGAGCCCGCUAGGCCGCGCCUCUUGCCCCUCGAAGGGGAACACACACACCCCAACGCCAACCCCCAUGGAGCCUACACACACACCAACCCUCACGGCCACGAGACAGCCGCACAGAGAUACAGCGCCACACGCAUCCAAGCCGGAUAUGAACCUGAGAGCAUGGCUGACUAUCUGAUCAGUGGAGGCACAGGGUACGUGCCUGAAGAUGGACUCACGGCUCAGCAGCUCUUCUCUAUCGGGGACGGACUCACAUACAAUGAUUUCCUGAUUCUUCCUGGUUUCAUAGACUUUAACUCUGAUGAAGUGGACCUGACUUCAGCUCUGACCAGGAAGAUCACCCUGAAGACUCCUCUAAUCUCGUCUCCCAUGGAUACAGUCACUGAGUCCUCCAUGGCCAUCGCUAUGGCUCUCAUGGGCGGGAUCGGGAUCAUGCACCAUAACUGUACUCCAGAGUUCCAAGCCAACGAGGUCCGCUUGGUCAAGAAAUUUGAGCAGGGUUUCAUCACAGACCCGGUGGUAAUGAGUCCUCACCACACGGUGGGAGACGUGUUCGAAGCCAAGGUCCGCCACGGCUUCUCUGGCAUCCCCGUCACAGAGACGGGAAAGAUGGGAAGCAAGCUGGUGGGUAUCGUCACUUCCCGAGACAUCGACUUCCUUUCCGAGAAAGACCAUGACAGACCCCUGGAAGAGGCCAUGACAAAGAGGGAUGAUUUAGUGGUUGCACCAGCUGGUGUAACACUGAAAGAAGCCAACGAUAUCCUGCAGCGCAGCAAGAAAGGUAAGCUGCCCAUAGUGAAUGACAGUGAUGAGCUGGUGGCCAUCAUAGCGAGGACAGACCUGAAGAAGAACAGAGACAACCCUCUGGCCUCUAAAGACUCCAGGAAGCAGCUGUUGUGUGGUGCUGCCAUUGGAACCAGAGAGGAGGACAAGUACAGACUGGACCUGCUGAUGCAGGCUGGUGUCGACAUGGUGGUGCUGGACUCCUCCCAGGGGAACUCUGUCUAUCAGAUCAACAUGAUCAACUACAUCAAACAGAAAUACCCUGAACUGCAGGUGGUGGGAGGAAACGUGGUGACUGCAGCACAGGCUAAGAAUCUGAUAGAUGCGGGUGUGGAUGCUCUGAGGGUGGGGAUGGGCUGUGGCUCCAUCUGUAUCACCCAGGAAGUGAUGGCAUGUGGGCGUCCCCAGGGUACAUCAGUGUACAAGGUGGCAGAGUAUGCCAGGCGUUUCGGUGUGCCUGUCAUCGCAGACGGAGGCAUCCAGACCGUUGGACAUGUGGUCAAAGCUCUCGCUCUCGGGGCAUCCACAGUGAUGAUGGGGUCAUUGCUCGCGGCUACCACGGAGGCCCCGGGGGAGUAUUUUUUCUCAGACGGCGUGCGACUAAAGAAGUAUCGCGGGAUGGGCUCCCUUGACGCCAUGGAGAAGAACAGCAGCAGCCAGAAACGCUACUUCAGUGAGGGGGACAAGGUGAAGGUGGCUCAGGGUGUGUCAGGGUCGGUUCAGGAUAAAGGCUCUAUCCAUAAAUUUGCCCCCUACCUCAUCGCUGGCAUACAACAUGGCUGCCAAGACAUCGGAGCCAAGAGCCUCUGCAUACUGCGGUCCAUGAUGUACUCUGGGGAGUUGAAGUUUGAGAAGAGGACCAUGUCAGCUCAGGUUGAGGGGGGAGUACACGGGCUGCACUCGAGUUGCUACUUAAACCGGGGAUUGGCAGUCUUACCAUACGAGGUCCAUUGUGGGUGCAGGCUUUCGCUCCAGCCAAAGCAGUAACAGCAGAUGCAAUUAUGAGAAGCGGCUAUACUGAGGGAGGAGCGGGAAGAAGCACACGAGCAGCUCCCAGCAUACCCCCACCAGCAGCCACCAGGCACAACAGAUACAUGUGACCUACCUACAACCACUACUCAAUUCAACCAUCACAUAACCUUUUGGCUAUACAUAAGACCGCUGACUCCUCUCUUCUCCUCCCACCCACUAUCUCUCUCUUUCUCUGUGUUGUGUAAGAUGCUUUUGAGGGACCAUAAAGUCACCUCUGACUUGAUUGAUGUUAUGACAUAACCUACAGGGACUAGGGACUAACGUUCAAAUGUCACAUGUACCUGGGUCAUGGCACAGAGCCAUCAGGCUGUAUAAGGUAUGUAGCGCAUGUAGAACUGUGAAUACUGUGUACUACUUUACGUACCCUGGAACUCUUUAUACCAGUUUUGGUUGAUCAUGAUCCUAUGUCUCGGAUGUAUUUGAAUGUAUAGUAGUGUUGAUGACCAUAUGGAAUAGCCUAAAGAUCUGUUAGUGUGGCUCUACUGUAGAGAGAACCAAAGCUACGGUAGGCGUUAGCCUUCAAUCAGGGAUAACCACAGCGCCUUAAGACUGCACAUGGAGUCUAUACUGUGGAUAGUGCUGGGAUCUGGUUUUCACUGGAUUCUCAUCAGUUUGAAAAAAAAGGAAGAUAACCACAAUUUUGUUUUUGUGUGAAGUUCACUAAGAUUUGGGAUGUAUGUGUUUUCUGAUGACAGGAUGAUUGUACAGUGACUUUGGCCUAGUCUGUGGUGUUAAUAAUAUGAUAUGAUGGAUUUGAGUGCAUUCGGAAAGUAUUCACUUUCUCCACAUUUUGUUACGUUACAGCCUUAGUUUACAUACACCUUAGCCAAAUACCUUAACUCAGUUUUUCACAAUUCCUGAUAUUUAAUCCUAGUAAAAAUUCCCUGUCUUAGGUCAGUUAGGAUCACCACCUUAUUUUAAGUAAGUGAAAUGUCAGAAUGAUAGUAAAGAGAAUUAUUUAUUUCAGCUUUUAUUUCUUUCAUCACAUUCCCAGUGGGUCAGAAGUUUACGUACACUCAAUUAGUAUUUGGUAGCAUUGCCUUUAAAUUGUUUAACUUGGGUCAAACAUUUCAGGUAGCUUCCCACAAUAAGUUGGGUGAAUUUUGGCCCAUUCCUCCUGACAGAGCUGGUUUAACUGAGUCAGGUUUGUAGGCCUUAUUGCUCGCACACACUUUAUCAGUUCUGCCCACACAUUUUCUAUAGGAUUGAGGUCAGGGCUUUGUGAUGGCCACUCCAAUACCUUGACUUUGUUGUCCUUAAGCCAUUUUGCCACAACUUUGGAAGUAUUCUUGGGGUCAUUGUCCAUUUGUAAGACCCAUUUGCGAUCAAGCUUUAACUUCCUGACUGAUGUCUUGAGAUGUUGCUUCAAUAUAUCCACAUAAUUUUCCUCCCUCAUGAUCCAUCUAUUUUGUGAAGUGCACCAGUCCCUCCUGCCUCAAAGCACCACCACAACAUGAUACUGACACCCCCGUUCUUCACGGUUGGGAUGGUGUUCUUCGGCUUGCAAGCAACCCCCUUUUUCCUCCAAACAUAACGAUGGUCAUUAUGGCCAAACAGUUCUAUUUUUGUUUCAUCAGACCAGAGGACAUUUCUCCAAAAAGUACGAUCUUUGUCCCCAUGUGCAGUUGCAAACCGUAGUCUGGCUUUUUUAUGGCGGUUUUGGAGCAGUGGCUUCUUCCUUGCUGAGCUGCCUUUCAGGUUAUGUCAAUAUAGGACUUGUUUUACUGUGGAUAUAGAUACUUUUGUACCUGUUUCCUCCAGCAUCUUCACAAGGUCCUUAGCUGUUGUUCUGGAAUUGAUUUGCACUUUUCGCACCAAAGUACGUUCAUCUCUAGGAGACAGAACGUGUCUCCAGCCUGAGUGGUAUGACGGCUGCGUGGUCCUAUAGUGUUUAUACUUGUGUACUAUUGUUUGUAGAGAUGAACGUGGUACCUUCAAGCGUUUAGAAAUUGCUCCCAAGGGUGAACCACUUGUGGAGGUCUGCAAUUUUUUUUUUUCUGAGGUCUUGGCUGAUUUCUUUCGAUUUUCCCAUGAUGUCAAGCAAAGAGGCACUGAGUUUGAUGGUAGGCCUUGAACUACAUCCACAGGUACACCUCCAAUUGACUCAAAUGAUGUCAAUUAGCCUAUCAGAAGCUUCUAAAGCCAUGACAAUUUUCUGGAAUUUCCCAAGCUGUUUAAAGGCACAGUGAACUUAGUGUAUGUAAACUUCUGACCCACUGGAAUUGUGAUAGAGUGAAAUAAUCUGUCUGUAAACAAUUGUUGGAAAUAUUACUUGUGUCAUGCACAAAGUAGAUGUCCUAACCGACUUGCCAAAACUAUAGUUCAUUAACAAGAAAUUUGUGGAGUGGUUGAAAAAUUAGUUUUCAUGACUCCAACCUAAGUGUAUGUAAACUUCCGACUUCAACUGUAUCUACCUCAUUUACCUCGUACCCCUGCACAUUGACUCGGUCCUCGUACCCCGUGUAUAUAGUGAAGUUAUCGUUACCCAUUGGAUAUUUAUUCCUGGUGUUAUUUUUUUCUUUAAUUUCUCAUUUUCUCUUUGCAUUGUUAGGAAGGGCCCAAAAAAUGCUGCUUAAGUAAGCAUUUCACUCUUAGUCUAUAUGACAUUUGAUUUGAUACUCAACCACAUACACACACACAUUAUACAGAUACUCGAACACAUACACACAGUAUACAUGCACACACACGUUAUAAACACACACACACACUCUCUACAGAGGUACCAUAAGUGUGUGGUGACAGUCAAGACAGAUUACUUCAUAGUUAUGUCCAUGCCUAGGGGCUGGAUCCCAAAGCAUCUCUUCUGACGACUCUGUUACUAAGCCCUAUCUCACACAGCUGGGUGACGGCAGAACUACACACACGCACCUGACAGGGUCGGCCAACACGUUGUCAGAUUCUCCCCUCUGCUAGAAACAUAUACACCACCUGGGGCGCUCACCCCUACAAACACACACACAGUCAAUAUACUGUACAGAACCACAUAAACACACACUCAAUAUAUAUAUGUAUAUUUUUUUUAUUUCACCUUUAUUUAACCAGGUAGGCUAGUUGAGAACAAGUUCUCAUUUGCAACUGCGACCUGGCCAAGAUAAAGCAUAGCAGUGUGAACAGACAACAACACAGAGUUACACAUGGAGUAAACAAUAGACAAGUCAAUAACAUGGUAGAAAAAAGAGAAUCUAUAUACAAUGUGUGCAAAAGGCAUGAGGUAGGCAAUAAAUCGAAUAAUUACAAUUUAGCAGAUUAACACUGGAGUGAUAAAUCAUCAGAUGAUCAUGUGCAAGAAGAGAUACUGGUGUGCAAAAGUGCAGAAAAGUAAAAUAAAUAAAAGCAGUAUGGGGGUGAGGUAGGUAAAUUGGGUGGGUAGUUUACAGAUGGACUAUGUACAGCUGCAGCGAUCGGUUAGCUGCUCGGAUAGCAGAUUUUUAAAGUUGUUGAGGGAGAUAAAAGUCUCCAACUUCAGAGAUUUUUGCAAUUCGUUCCAGUCGCAGGCAGCAGAGAACUGGAAGGAAAGGCGUCCAAAUGAGGUUUUGGCUUUAGGGAUGAUCAGUGAGAUACACCUGCUGGAGAGCGUGCUACGGGUGGGUGUAGCCAUCGUGACCAGUGAACUGAGAUAAUGCGGCACUUUGCCUAGCAUAGCCUUGUAGAUUUAUAAGACACACAACCACGCAGAAGCACACAUAAAGAAUUACACAAACACAGAGUUUCAUACCAGUGUGUAUGGUCAGUUCCUCCACAGCUUUCCACAUCAUGUUCUGUGACAGAGUUAACUCUGACCCUGUACUUCCUGAACCCCUCCAGUCUGCCAAUCACAGUCUACCUGGAACCGCUGGCCACGCCAGAAAUUUUGUGGAGUGGUUGAAAAAUGAGUUUUAAUGACUUCAACCUAAGUGUAUGUAAACUUCCGACUUCAACUGUAUAUAAAAAAAGAAUACCUUUUACAUAAGUAUUCAGACCUUUUACUCAGUACUUUGUUGAAGCACCUUUGGCAAUGAUUACAGAUUGGUCUUCUGGAGCAUGACGCUACAUGCUUGGCACAUCUGUACUUGGUGAGUUUUUACCAUUCUUCUUUCACUCUCAAGCUCUGUCAGGUUGGAUGGGGAGUGUCGCUGCACAGCUAUUUUCAGAUCUAUCCAGAGAUGUUAGAUUGGGUUCAAGUCCGGGCUCUGGCUGGGCCACUCCUACAUUGUCUUGGCUGUGUGCUUUGGGUCAUUGUCCUGUUGGAAGGUGAACCUUUGCCCCAGUCUGACGUCCAGAGUGCUCUGGAGCAGGUUUUUAUCAAGCAUCUCUCUGUACUUUGCUUGGUUCAUCUUUCCCUUGAUUCUGACUAGUCUCCCAGUCCCUGCCGCUGAAAACCAACCCCACAGCAUGGUGCUACCACCGUAGGGAUGGUGCCAGGUUUCCUCCAGACAUGACGCUUGGCAUUCAGGCCAAAGAGUUCAAUCUUGGUUUCAUCAGACCAGAGAAUCUUGUUUCUCAUGGUCUGAGAGUCCUUUAGGUACCUUUUGGCAAACUCAUAGCGGGCUGUCAUGUGCCUUUCCGUCUGGAAGCCACUCUACCAUAAAGGCCUGAUAAAUAAAGAUAAAAUAAGAAAAUUGAUGGAGUGCUGCAGAGAUGGUUGUCCUUCUGGAAGGUUCUCCCAUCUCCACAGAUUAACUCUGGAGCUCGGUCAGAGUGACCAUCGGGUUCUUGGUCACCUCCCUGACCAAGGCCCUUCUCCGCCAAUUGCUUGGAAGAGUCUUGGUGUUUCCAAAUUUCUUCAAUUUGAAGAAUUAUGGAGUGUGUGUGUGUUCUUGGGGACACACCACUGUGUUCUUGGGGACCUUCAAUGCUGCAGAAUUUUUUUGGGUAGCCUUCCCCAGAUCUGUGCCUCGACACAAUCGUGUCUCAAAGCUCUACGAACAAUUAUUUCGACCUCAUGGCUUUGACAUGUACUGUCAACUGUGGGACCUUUAUAUUGAGAUGUGUGUUCCUUUCCAAAUCAUGUCCAAUCAGUGGUGGAAAAAGUACCCAAUUUUCAUACUUGAGUAAAAGUUAAGAUACCUUUUAAAAGAAAAUGACUCAAAUGAAAGUCACCCAGUAAAAUACUACAUGAGUAAAAGUCUAAAAGUAUUUGGUUUGAAAUGUACUUAAGUAUCAAAAGUAUAAAUCAUUAAACAUUUCUUAUAUUAAGCAAACCAGACGACACGAUUUUCUUGUUUCUUUUUUAAUUUACGGAUUGCCAGGAGCACAGUUCAACACUCAGACAUGAGACAUGAUUACAAAUGAAGAAUUUGUGUUUCGUGAGUCUGCCAGAGCAGAGACAGUAGGGAUGACCAGGGAUGUUCUCUUGAUAAGUGCGUGAAUUAGACAAUUUUCCUGUCCUGCUAAACAUUCCAAAUGUAUGGGGUUCUUUUGGGUGUGAGGGAAAAUGUAUGGAGUAAAAGUUGUCAAAAAUAUAAAUAGUAAAGUACAGAUAUAUAAAAAAAAAUACUUAAGUAGUACUUUAAAGAUUUUUACUUAAGUACUUUACACCACUGCAAUCAAUUGAAUUUACCAUAGGUGGACUCCAAGUUGUAGAAACAUCUCAAGAAUGAUCAAUAGAAAUAGGAUGCACCUGCUCUCAAUUUGGAGUCUCAUAGCAAAGGGUCUAAAUACUUAUAUAAAUAAGGCAUUUGUCUUUAUUUAAAAAAAAAUUAUAUUUGCAAACAUUUCUAAAGACCUAUUUUCACUGUCAUUAUGGGGUGUUUUGUGUAGAGUUGAGGAAAAAAAUGAACGUAAUACAUUUUAGAUAAAGGUUGUAACAACAAUAUUUGGAAAAGGUCUCAAAUGGUCUGAAUACUUUCUGAAUGGACUGUACAUGUAGGUCACAAUAUAAUACUGUAUACCUAGUCAUAUAUGAUACUGAGGUCUUGUUUCCCGGACACAGGUUAAUCCUAGUCCUGGACUAAAACGCAUGCUCAAUGGAGAAUCUGUGUUUGGGAAACCAACCUUGAAUUAUCUUGUUUACCAGGGUGAAUGUACUGCUAAUACCCUGUGGCAGUGAGUGAAGAAAUUUGUUUUUUAAUGAUGAAUAGUUUUACUGAUGACAUAGAUUCUUUAAUUUCCUCAAUUUCCUUCCUGUAGAAGACGUGCAGCUAGUUUAUAACAGUAGGGCACUGUCAGUUAAAUUAGUGACCCACCCGCAACGACAGAACUUCUCCCAGUUUGUUGUGUUAAUCUUUGUGUGAAGUGAACAUUAGGUGAUGAAAGUUGCACAAAAGUAGUUUUUGUUUUCUCCAAAGGUUAUACUACAAAUCAGGAUCAAAGACAGAAAUAAUGGCUGAAUUUCUGGUUCAUUAAUAACUAAACUUUUUAGUUGUGUUUUUUUGUUGUUGAGUCAAUUAUACCAUGCCAAUUUGUAAAACAUGUAAGUUAUUUCAGAACGUUAAGUUAGCAGGCUAACUCUUUGAUCAUGCUUUGUAUUUUAUACCUCUGGUGAUUUCAACCUCAGACUUUUAAAUUCCUUAAUGCUGUACCAUGCUAUUGCAUGAACCAGAAUAAAGAAGUUAACUUUAAUAUAA